CAUACAACAUAUGGUUCUGUUUUUAUCCAACAUUUCGUUGAGGUUUUCAGAGAGCACCACGGUGAGGAUUACAUUCAGGAAAUGCUGAGAAUGGUCAUGCAACGCUUUGAAGAAUCCCCCUCUAAACAUAUACAGAUGCCAAUCAAAGAAACAGACACUCUGACAAAACGCUUCUACCUGUUUCCAGGUGGUGAUGUACCGGAAGAAGUCAAGCAGCGGUCUGCAGGAGAGGAGGAUCUAUGCAGGAGACUGAACCUUCCCUGGGUGGAGUCUGAUGGAGUCCGAUGGGUGAGAUCAGAUCUGAGGAAGCAUUCCUGUCAUCUCACAAUCAACACAAACACAGUAUACGAAUGGUUCAAACUGUCAGACAACAACAGGAAGGUGACACGUGUGGAUGCAAAGCAGCCAUAUCCUGAUCAUCCAGACAGAUUCGACCGUCCUCAGCUGCUGUGCACAGACAGUCUGACUGGGCGCUGUUACUGGGAGGUCGAGUGGAGCGGAGAUGUUUCGAUAGCAAUGAGUUACAGAGGAAUCAAGAAGAGUGGAAACAGUGAGGAGUCUUUGUUUGGAUUCAAUAAUCAGUCCUGGAGUCUGGAUUGCUCUUAUUGUUACUCUGUCCUGCACAAUAACAAAGAAACCUCCAUCUUCUCUUUCCACAACUCUAAAGACUUCAAGCCUGUCUCUAACAGAGCAGCAGUGUAUGUGGACCUUCCUGCUGGCACUCUGUCCUUCUUCACAAUCUACUCUGAUACUCUGAUCCACCUCCACACCUUCAACAGCACAUUCACUGAACCUCUGUAUCCUGGAUUUGGACUCUGGUCUCAUCAUUCCUCAGUGAGGCUGUGCUGAAUUCAGUAUUAACACUUUCCUCUGCCUCCUCUGAGAAACACUCUGACUGUUGCAGUUCAGUUUGUCCUUCUCCUUCAUUCAGAAACACGUUUUCACAUUCAUGGAUUCAAUCAGUUCAUAUUUGAAACUGUUCUCAAUUACUUCUUCAGUCCUUUAAAGAUGGAAGCUGUGAUAAUUCCAUCAGCUGAGAUGAUCGCUUCAUUUUUGUGAUGCUGUAAAUUUGACUCCUUUUUACAUGAACAUGCUCCUGGCUAAAUGAGCAUAUUCAUAGAUGAUUUGGUCAAACCUGGGUUGACUGAUUAACCACCUUCAUGUGACCUUCGUGUCACCUCUAGGUCUUAUUUCUGAUAUCAGGGUACAACAUACCAAACACAGCAUGGUUUACAACAACCAAAUACUAAGAUGGACUGUUGGUCCCAAAUGUUUGCAGAUGCUUCUGUCUGUAUUUCUGUUAUUCUUUGUCUUAUCCUUGUAACGUAUGG